UAAUUAAUGUGGUGAAAUGAUGCACAUACCUGGAUAUUAUCACACCUUUUUAUUUUGACUUUGGGCUUAUUGUACUCUUGCUCUGCGUGCGUUAAUGGUGAUGAUGGUGAUGGUGAUGAUGGUGCUUGAGCGUGUCCUUUCUUCCUGCACGUCGGAGUCACAUCUGGGCACAUCAGGAGGGACGCACACCUUUGAGGAAAUGAAAACAUGAAGGAAAUCAGUUAGUCGUUGAUUGUUGAGAUGCUGCUGGAGAAUUAAGUGUUUUAUCACUUUGGCUCUGCUGAAAUUUGUUAAUUAAUAGGCUGGAGGUGGAAAUGGAGAUGGGCAGUAAAACAUAGGGGAAUCAUUGCUUUGAUUUUGUUUAUCCGUAUACCUGUUUAUACUUAUCUUGUGUCUAACAAAGCAUGUUGUACUUUUAUGUUUUUUUUAAUUAUGUAAUAUGUGAGUUAAAGCGCGCCCUUAUGUGAGCGCACGUAAAGACCGACUGGCUGGAGCGUUUCAUUUCGAUUCACCGGGGACUCCUGUGCGCAACAAGAGCCCCCCAUGGGUGCAAUAGUGCAAGCACAGGCGGCGGUGAUUGGCCAGAGGUUGAUCAGAUGGUACACUUCCCCUCUGUAUCCAGUGGCACCUCACAGCCCCCCUUUCAGCAAAAACCAAAUCUCCGAUAAAGUAAUGGCAAAAGCACUUGGACUAUAAAAGACAACAAAUCAUAUUCCUCCGGAGUAAAUACACCCCGUUGUCCACCCAAUGAGUUCCUAUUUCGUUAACUCAACUUUCCCCGUGUCUCUGCCGGGAGGACAGGACUCUCUCCUGGGUCAGAUACCGCUCUACUCCUCGGGAUACACGGACCCGUUGAGGCACUACUCCAACGCGGCCACGUAUGGAGCGGCCAACAUGCAGGAGAAGGUCUACCCGGCUUCCUACUACCAGCAAUCGGGCGCGGCGGCGGCAGCGGCCAUCUACGGCCGCGCAGCCGCCAGCGGCGGAGCGCCCUGCGACUAUAACCCCGUUGGCACUUUCUACAAGGACUCGGAGGGCUCGUGCGCCUUCUCGAGUGGCCGCGAGGAGCAGCCGCUGUUCGUCACUCAGGAGCACCAGCAGCGGAAAGCGGAGUGCGCGGAGCAAGCUGUCAGCAUGAGCGGCAGCAUCGACGACAAGUCCUCCACUCUCAUCUACCCCUGGAUGCAGAGAAUGAACGCCUGCUCCGCCGGCCCAUUUGGCAGCAGCGGCCGGAGGGGCCGGCAGACCUACACCCGCUACCAGACCCUGGAGCUGGAGAAGGAGUUCCACUUCAACCGCUACCUGACCCGGAGGCGCCGGAUAGAGAUCUCCCACGCCCUGUGUCUGACGGAGAGACAGAUCAAAAUCUGGUUCCAGAACCGCAGAAUGAAGUGGAAAAAGGAGAACAAACUCCUGAAUCCCUCAAAGACAGCCGAGGAGGAGCAGGAGGAGCAGGGGGAGAAGAAGAGCUAAGCUUCAAAGGGGACUCUGAGACAAAAAAAAGAAGAAACGCUUGAGUGUGCGCGUGAAUGCGUGUGUGUUUGUGUGUGUGCACACAUAAAAUGAUGUAUAAAAUCUUUGUAGAUAUAAGAAGUGCUGCAGAAACCCCACGUAAGAGACGUGUAGAGUGACUGAGUAUUUGCACGGUGACUCCGUCCGCAUUGAUCAGGUCCUCCUCUGUCUGUCUGUCUGUCUGUCUUUGUGCUUGUGUCUUUAUUUUAGAGGGCUAUGCAACAACCCGCCAAACUGUAAAUAAAUUCCAGUGUUUAAAGUUCUCCGUGUUGUUACCUCAUCACUGUAGGCCCGCUGGGUCCCACCUUUAUUUAACCUCCAUGACAUUAAAGCAGGUUUUUUUUUUUCUUUUUGUCCCUUGUUGUGUAGUUGCUCUGAUGUGAUAUAGCUUGUUGUUUACCGAUCAGUUCAAUUUGUACAAAUGUUAUUUAUUGUUGUUUCACGUGUUCAAUGCACAUCUGGAUAUUGUGUGCAAUAUUUUCUUUAGGGGAAUUGUACAUAUAAUAAAA